AUGAUCGCCGGCUUCCUCCGGCCACCGCCGAUCCAGCAGAAUCGAAUCCCGAAGAAUGGAAUACGCAGGCCACAACCAUACAUAGGGCGUCUCCCACGGCCGGAGCCCUAUAAACGGAGAGUGAAGGCAUUCGCGAAGAAGUUCGAAGUGCUGCGUGAGGUGGGAAGCGGUGGCUUCGGACAUGUCGACAAAAUAAAACUGAAGAAGGAUGGGAAGGUGUGCGCCUUGAAGACACUGGACUUUCUGGUCGACAAGACGGCGAUUCGCGCUGAAUUCCGUGCGCUCACCUUGCUCCAUGAUAAGCCAUUUAUCAUCAAGACUUACGCCCUAAUGCGUCUACUCGAUCGCUUCUUCGUGCUGAUGGAUUACGUGGACCCGAUCCGACUACGGGACCUGGUGCCCCUGUUUUCUCACCAAGAUGCGAUGAUCUACGUCCAGAAUAUUCUGGCUGCACUGGCGCAAAUACAUCGGCUCGGCAUCAUCCACAACGACAUCAAGCCGGCAAAUAUCCUGUACGACCCGAUCCGCAGAAAAUUCGCCAUAAUCGACUUUGGCCUCGCAUCAUUCCACGACACGGAGAGACGGAUCCCCGUUUUCUACCCAAGACCAGCACAAAUCUAUUCGGACAAUUGGUAUCAAGGAGCGGAUGACGCCGAGCUGCUCAUCACUCAAGCUCAUCCCUUUCUCGCACAGCAAGCACAUCUUGAAUUUGCGAAAAAAGCUCUUGAACAUCGCCAAGCUAGAGACAUUGAAUAUCGAUACGGAUUUGCGGUCGAGCUCUUCAAGGGCCUAGCCGAGCUCAACCCCGAUGGAUACAUCAAUCGACUCGCCAAUGCAAGUCCGGAUGUCGAAGAGGCAUUAUUGCACGAAGGCCCAAGGACGGAACAGGACUGGGAGUUUUUGGUAGCCUUUCAGGGCCAUCUUCCUCCACGUGAGUACUACGAAGCUAGAUUGGAAGCUGUGGAAAAGGACUUUCCUUGCUCAUGCUUCAAUCAGCUCGGCAUCUGCAAUUUCUGCAAGGGACAGCGAGGAUUCACAUCAUGCGACUGGGGCACUCGUGGAUACAAACCGCCGGAGGUCGAGCUGCGAUUCGAGUGGAGAAGCGAGGCCAUUGAUCUGUGGGCUACCGGAAUGAUACUGCUCGGAAUAUUGCUCAGAAAAUUACCCGUAUUUCGUCCCGAUACACAUGGAAUGGCCCUACUCCAACUCAGCACCCUAUUUGGCUACGAACGGAUGCGUGCGCUGGCAAAUAAAUAUGGUCGAAAUCUAGUGAUGAAAAUAAAACCGCCCGGGCUUGACUUGCUCAAACUGACCGCCUACCAUGAGUUCUGCCGCUCUGGAAGCCCCAUCGAGGCGUGGACCUUCAGCGAUUGUUGCGAAACUUGCUACGAAUUGAUUGAAGGAAACGACUCCGGACUGUGUAUAUGUCGAAAAGGUAUCGAGGGCUACAAACAAAUGAAGGACGGACUUGGCAAAGAAUUAUUCCGGCUCCUCCAUGCCCUACUACUGCUCGAUCCCGUGAAGAGAAAUCGUGGCGACGAAUUCUUGGCGCAUUGCGAGGAAAUGCUGAGGUUAAAUUUUGACCCGAACGCUAGUGGGCUCAGCGUUGCUAAGAUUCAGGCCCUGUGGCAAAGCAAAAAAGAGCAAAAGAAGCGAAAGUGUGCGCCGGAAGCGGCCCGCGCUUCAGCCGAGGAAAAAGAAAAUGCGCCUCCAGCGAAAAGAGCUAAACCCUGU